GCUAUAAAUACUGGAAGCCAAUAGCUUGCAGUUAGUUGAAGCUGGGCUUUGCAACAGAUCACAAUGAAAUCGUUUGGACUAAUUGCACUUGCUGUUUGCGGUGUUCUCUGCGUCGCUGCAGAGCCGCAGCAAACCUACGACGGCCGCGAUGGUCCUCAUGUCUUUGGAACGCCGGGCAACCAAGUCUAUAUAAGGGGUCAAAACGAGGGCCCCUAUACAGUGCCCGGAGUGGGCGGCCAGUUCCAGAACUCUCCGCAACGGGGUGAGCAUGUGUACACCGAUGAGCUGGGAAACACUUUUGUGAACCGAAAGAAUCCAGGUGGCCCAGCUUCCCAUUCCAUUAGUGGUCCGAGCCUUUCGGCACAGAACUUGGGAAGCUCACGCCAAGAUGCCCCUUACAGCGCUGCUGGAAAUCCAAAACGUGGCCGUCGAAGUCCGAAAGUUUUUAUACGCUUUGAGGAUCGCUUCGGGAAUUCUGAAAGAUCGGACUUUCACCGCGUCCGUCGCAGUCCGCAGCUUGUGGUCUCCCGUCCGGAUCGCACAGUCCUGGUUGGCAACGGUGGAGUGUACGUGCAACGCAGUCGCCGCAGUCCGCAGUUCCAUGUUGAGCGGCCAGAUCGCACUGUAGAUUUUGGCAACGGCGGCUUCUCCGUUCAACGAUUCCGCCGUAGUACUCUGGAUGACAAGGAGCAGCCUUUUCAGCCCCGUUUCCGUCGCGGAAUCAACGAUGCCCGCGUCCAGGGCAGCAACUUUGUGGCCCGGGACGACCAAGCUGGUGUUUGGGAUCGCAACGUUUCGGUUUGGAAGCGUCCGGAUGGACGUACUGUUACCCUUGAUAACAAUGGAAAUGCCAUCGUUUCCGGACGGAGAGGUACCCAGCGCUACUCCUAAAAAGGUUCCAAAUCAAUAACUCUUUAGACUUUGUAACAUAAA